CCAAGCACAAUUAACUUGGAGCAAAGCGAACUCAGAGUCAGAACAGAACUCAAAUCCAAAUACAAGUCUAUUUAAUGUUUAAUUAUGUUGGUGUAUUGCUGCUGCAAACAACAACACUGAGCACUGCUUGAUGGUUGGUGAGCUUGAUUGUGUGAUGCCAGUUCGAUCUGCUAAUCCGAUACGCGCUAAAAGUUUAAUUCGCGACAAUUUGGAGAAACAGGCUGGUAAUAGGAACUUAUUACACUCCAGAAUGCCAAACAUAAAAGUGUUUUCGGGUACUUCUCAUCCUGAUUUGGCCCAACGGAUUGUCGAUAGGUUAGGCAUUGAUUUGGGAAAAGUCGUUACAAAGAAAUUCAGCAAUUUGGAAACAUGCGUUGAAAUCGGGGAAUCUGUUCGAGGCGAAGAUGUCUACAUCAUUCAGUCUGGUUCGGGCGAAAUAAACGAUAACCUUAUGGAGCUGCUAAUUAUGAUAAAUGCCUGCAAAAUUGCAUCAGCAUCUCGUGUGACAGCUGUGAUUCCUUGUUUUCCCUAUGCCCGUCAAGACAAAAAAGAUAAGACAGGUGGCGAAGAAGGUCCUAUGAUGAAAAAGAAAAACUACGAUUGGAAAUUUAGGAGCCGUGCUCCUAUUUCAGCGAAAUUGGUUGCGAAUAUGCUAUCAGUGGCUGGAGCUGACCACAUCAUAACGAUGGACUUACAUGCAUCUCAAAUUCAAGGAUUUUUCGACAUACCUGUCGAUAAUUUGUAUGCCGAGCCGGCAGUUCUUAAAUGGAUUAAGGAAAACAUUCCAGAGUGGAAAAAUUCGAUAAUUGUUUCUCCAGAUGCAGGUGGCGCAAAACGUGUUACAUCAAUUGCUGAUCGCCUCAAUGUUGAAUUUGCUUUGAUUCACAAAGAACGAAAAAAGGCCAACGAAGUUGCAUCGAUGGUGCUUGUUGGUGAUGUUAAAGAUAAAAUUGCCAUAUUGGUAGAUGAUAUGGCUGACACAUGUGGAACUAUUGUUCAUGCUGCAGACAGACUUGUAGAAGCAGGAGCUACAAAGGUAUAUGCCAUUUUAACUCAUGGAAUAUUUUCGGGUCCAGCCAUAUCCCGAAUUAACAACGCUUGUUUUGAAGCUGUUGUUGUCACAAAUACUAUUCCCCAGGAUGGUCACAUGCGGGAUUGUCCCAAAAUUCAGUGCAUCGAUGUGUCCAUGAUGUUCGCCGAGGCUGUAAGGAGAACACACAAUGGAGAAAGUGUCUCAUACCUUUUUUCAAAUGUUCCAUAUUAGUUUUUUUUUCUUUUUUUUAUUUUUAUGAUAAAACUACAUAAUUUUUCAAUUUAUACUUUUUUUUUGUAUUUCAUAAUGCAAUGAACAUAAAUAUAUUAAUAAUAAUAAUAAUAAUGUCAUGUAAAGUGAAGUAACCCAAGUUCUAGGUAUGAUUAUUUGUGGACAUAUUAAACAAAAUAAUAUUGCUUAUUAAAUAAGAUACAAAUCUGUGUACCAAUUGAUUGAAAGCGACAAAGAAAAAAGAAAACACAUUUUAAUUGAUUUUGCGUUUGUUUAGGGCAAUCAGGUACACAAGAGCAAACAAACCUGAAUGUUUAAUUAAUGUUAAUAUUGAUUUAUCAUUUCUCUAUUGCAGCAUAGAUUAUUUUUUUAAUGUAUCAUUGAUCGUAAGCCGUGAAUAAUUGUACUGUUAGAAGCAAAUAAUAGGAAAAUAAAAAUCAAAUGAAAUUCA